AUGGCAUCAGAAGAGCCCUUGUUCGACCCUUCGUUGAAAAAGCGGAAGAAGAAGCAGGUCGCUUUCUCGGAAGACCCCCUCGGUGCUGAUGCCGACCCGACGACCCCUGCACCUGCGACGAUUGAGAACCACACUGCGAACGGAGAUGCGGUGGAUAUGGGCCCCGCUACAGUGCAUGAACAGAUGAAGAAGAGCAUGUCUGAGGGAAGCCCGGAAGACGGCGGUGAAGAGAAGGAUGAUGAGGACUUCAAGGCAAUGUUUGGCGAUCUCAAAAAGAAGAAAAAGAAGAAGGAAAUCCCGCUUGACUUGCCCGAGGACCACUCUGGUACUUCUACGCCGACCGCGGCACCAGCUGCGUCGGAGGACUUGGACUUCUCUGAUCUGAAGAAGAAGAAGAAAUUAUCCAAGAAGAAGACUACUCUGGCUAUGGAGGCGUUUGAGAAGGAGCUGGGGGAGGCAAAAGCGAAGAACGCCGAUGAGGAGGAGGGUGGAGAGGGUGCCGUGGCUGAGUAUGACGAGACCGAGUUGGGCGAAGACCCGUUCGCUCGAGAGGGCGGAGCCGCUGCCGUAACGGAGUCUGGCACUGAGCCCUGGUUGAACAGCGACCGUGAUUACACAUAUCUGGAGCUUCUACACCGAUUCUACGCUCAAUUACACGCAUCGAAUCCCGCCUUGCUCAACUCUACCGGCAAGCGAUACACGAUUGCGCCUCCCGAUGUCAUGCGUGAAGGCAACAAGAAGACCAUCUUCGUCAACAUCUCGGAUAUCUGCAAGCGAAUGCACAGGCAGCCGGAGCAUGUCAUUCAAUUUAUGUUCGCAGAAAUGGGUACAACCGGCUCUGUCGAUGGGGCGGGCCGACUGGUCAUCAGAGGCAGGUUCGUGCAAAAGCAGAUCGAGCAUGUGCUCCGUCGCUACAUUAUUGCUCAGGGUACUAUAUCAGAGGAGUAUGUCACAUGUCAGACAUGCAAAUCACCAGAUACGCUGCUCACGAAGGAGAAUCGCAUUUACUUCAUGUCAUGCGAGUCCUGCGGCUCGCGGCGGUCCGUCAACGCUAUCAAGACAGGUUUCCAGGCGCAGGUUGGGAGGAGAAGCAAAAACAAGACAGGUUGA